GGAGUUUGCAGGGCUCCCGGGCAGUGUCGGCGGCGGGUCCUCCUGCUCAGAGCCAUCUCGCCGGAGUCCCGCUCAAGUCUCCCCUGCUGCAGCUCCGGUGCAGAUGAGGCGAUCCGGGAGGAGGGGGCAGGAAGCGGCAGCGCCGGCGACAUCCCCCCCCUUCCGACGCUGCGAGCGCCCGCAGGACCGCGAGAUGACGGCGGGGAGCCCCGGAGACUGCGGGGAGGUGCGCAAGAGCCCCGAAGGCCGCGUGUCUCGCCUGGGUCGUCGCCUGGGCCGGCGCCGGCGCCCGCGCACCCCGCCCGAGCCUCUGCGGGUGCGGGCGCGGCUGCGGCUGCGCUCGCCGUCGGGGGCCUUCGCGGCGCUGGGGGCGCUGGUGGUGCUGGUGGGCAUGGGCAUCGCCGUGGCCGGCUACUGGCCGCACCGCGCCGGCGCCCCAGGGGCUCGAGCGGCCAAUGCCAGCGCGCCCCCCGUGAGCGAGCUGCGGCGCGAGGGACGCGGCUCCGGCCGGGCGCACGGCCCGCACGAGCGGCUGCGGCUCCUGGGCCCCGUGGUCAUGGGCGUCGGCUUGUUCGUGUUCAUCUGCGCCAACACGCUGCUCUACGAGAACCGGGACCUGGAGACGCGACGGCUUCGCCAAGGGGCGCUGCGGGCCCAGGCGCUCCGGCCCCCCGACGGCCCCGGCUGGGACUGCGCGCUUCUGCCCAGUCCCGGGCCCAGGACUCCCCGAGCCCUCGGCUGCUCCGAGAUGGAGACUUGGGACCUGGCGGCGCAUCGGGGCACGUCCCCGGUGCCCUCCGUGCGGAGUCUGCGGUCUGAGCCUGCAAACCCUCGCUUGGGGCUCCCGGCCCUGCUCAGCAGUUACCCUCUGAAGGGGCCAGGCUUGCCAGCACCUUGGGGCCCACGAACCCAGACUGGACACGUGAUUAUCACCGUGCAGCCUUCUGGUUCCUGCAUCGAACACUCCAAAUCUCUGGAUCUGGGCCUUGGAGAGAUUCUGCUCGGGGCCCCAGCAGCACACGACGGUGCCCACCGGAGCUGGCCACGACUGGAGCGUCUCAGUCAAGGGGGUUAUGCCAAACUGGGAGAAGGAGAUUUGGGGGCCCGGGUAUAAGCAGGGAGCAGCCUGCAUGAGGCUGCGGCACGCUGUGGUCGCUGGGUCGAGAGUCGCAGUGUCCAGUAGACGCUUCCCCUCGCACAUCUCAGAUUGGGCUGGACGCUUUGGCUCGCAUUGCUCAGGCGUCCUGACCUGCAUGUGGGCAGAGAAACGCCAACUGCACACAAGGUUCACCAAGCUGGACAGCGUUUGGUGUGGGCUUUGGGGACCAGCAUGACUGGCCUCAGGGAUUCCUUCAGUCUCCCAACGUGGCCCUCGCCACUGCAACUACGUGAGGGGGCUGGAGAGCUGGACCAACGUGACAAGGAGCUGCUCCGGGGUCCUGGCAAGCCCCACGGGGUCGGUGGGCCCCUGGGAAGAUGUGUGGUGAG